GUUGAACAGCUGAUUGAGUAACUCAGCAGCGUUUUUGUUGUUUUGGCGUGGUUACGGCCAUCAGUAACCCAUUUCUGUGACAGAUAAUAAAUCUGUUAAACUGGUUUACGCUUCCUCAUCCUUCUGAUACAUCCUGAUCGCUACAAUAUAAACAGACAAUUUCUCAGUUGAAUCAGAAUCUCAGGGCAUGGUCUGGCUCUCUCGGUCCGGUUCUGGGUCCAUCUGCCUCCGGGGACGACCCCCACGGUCUCAGCGCCACUUGGCAAUGGAUCUAAGCCCCGUGAUGCUCGGCGGGCCUCCCCGCGAGCCUCUGGUCCAGCUGGUCCGGGGUCUCUCUGAACCUCUUAGCUUCCUCCUCCGUCGGGGAACGCUCACCGACCCGAUGCUCACCGUCCCAAACACCCCCUGGACCCCAUGCUCAAACACCCAGCUCACCGGCCCAACCCGGGGGUCUUCGGCGGAUUUAUGUCCGGGAAUGGUGCGCCGUCCUCGGCCUUGCUGGGUGACAGGUGCGCCGUCGUCCCUGGAGGAAAAAAGUCAAAGAUACUCAGAUUUACACCAAACUUUACACACUUAUAGGCACCCAUAGGAUGAUGUUAAAAAUGGGGUAUAGGCUUCCAGGACCUCACGGUUCCUCAAAUAUAGCCUAUAACAUUUUUAUUACACUUUACUACAAACCUAUUUCAUUGUGUUGAAAAUGCUCUGAAACGUGCUCUAAACCACUUUCUGGAAGAACUCUUUCGGACGUGGCACUUUGUACUUUUCUCCGUUCGUGGUCCGCCUCCAUGUUUGUUCUGAAGGUCCCACGUGGUGCUCGCUCACGGUUCAUAAUACGAGUCCGAGAACACCAGGAGAGAGUUUAGAAUAUUCUGGAGGGUAGAACCGCGUCGUUUGGCCCGAGUUUUGACCGCUAAAUCGCUCGGGUCGGGACCUCCAGCCGAGGACCGGUGAUCGACGAACAAGUGUCCGAUAACGGUGCGCCUUUCUCGGACUCGGUCGGCUGGAAGUCCCGGUCCUCGGCCCGGUUGUCAUUAAUUUUAAGACGACCUCCAGCGGGGUCUUUGGGACCCCAAAGACGCUCAUCCACGGUUGUUUCACCUCUCCAGCACCUUCCAGGGCUGAGAAACCAGCCACCAGCCUGUGUGUGCAGGACCUCACAAACUGUCCAAACUGUCAAAAAACACAUUAUUAUGAACAAUUUCCCAGUGUGUUUUAGUGUUCUGACACGUGUUUUGAACCACUGACUGCGUAAACAGUUUUGACCGCUAAAUCGCUCGGGUCGGGACUUCCAGCCCAGGACCGGUGAUCGAAGAACAAGUGUCCGAUAACGGUGCGCCGUUCUCGGACUCGGUCGGCUUGAAGUCCCGGUCCUCGGCCCGGUUGUCAUUAAUUUUAAAGGACCUCCAGCGGGGUCUCUGGGACCCCAAAGACGCUCAUCCACAGUUGUUUCACCUCUCCAGCACCUUCCAGAGCUGUGAAACCAGCCAUCAGCCUGUGUGUGCAGGACCUCACAAACUGUCCAAACUGUCCAAAAACACAUUAUUAUGAACAAUUUACCAGUGUGUUUUAGUGUCCUGACACGUGUUUUGAACCACUGACUGCGUAAACAGCCGAGGAUGACACUUUGUCUUUGUUUUCUUUAGAUCAGAAUCUCAGGGCAUGGUAUUGCUCUCUCGGUCCGGUUCUGGGUCCGUCUGCCUCCGGGGACGACCCCCGCGGUCUCAGCAUCACUUGGUAGCGGAUCUAAGCCACGCGAUGCUCGGCGGGCCUCCCCGCGAGCCUCUGGUCCAGCUGGUCCGGGGUCUCUCUGAACCUCUCGGCCUCCUCCUCCGUCGGGGAACGCUCACCGACCCGACGCUCACCGUCCCAAACACCCCUGGACCCCAUGCUCAAACACCCAGCUCACCGGCCGAACCCGGGGGUCUUCGGCGGAUUUGUGUCCGGGAAUGGUGCGCCGUCCUCGGCCUCGCUGGCUGACAGGUGCCCCCUCGUCCCUGGAGGAAAAAAAGUUAAAGAUUCUCUGAUUUACACCAAACUUUAUACACACAGACACAGACGCAGACACAGGUGCAGACACAGGUGCAUAUGUCGCGGCUGACAGCGACUGAACUAUGAUUUUAACAGUUUUUUUUAUCAGAAACAUUGUGGACAGUGAACUGUGUGUGUGUGGGAGAGCAUUGAACUGGGACUUGGCUGUCAAUUGCACAGGGGUGGGUGUGUCUUCCCUUGUGCUCUGUUCACAGGUGAAGCGAAUCCUGCAAUCAGGGCUCUCAGGUGGACAGCGGUGAUUAAAAAGAGGAAACAGAUGCGGCAGAGAGGACGCACGGCAGAGAAGCCAAGGUGCUGGAGGCUGGACGCAGACGGAGAUUGAGAUUGAGAUUCCUGCUCGCCUUCCCGGACGUGGACAGGACCCCCGGCUUGAUCACCGCAUCUGUUUGGGAACAUCGCUCUCUAUUUACCCACAUAGAGGGACGGUCUACCCUGGAGCUUGAGAACCAGUGAGUUUUAACUUCUCAUGAUUCAGUCCACUGAUCGCACUCUUUUCCUGCCUUCCAGCCUGGUUUGACUGGCCGACGCUGCUUCUCUCCUGACGUUGAGAGUCUGCCGGACCCCACCCCCUCACCUGCCGGACUGAUCCCACAUCUGCUUUCCUGAUGAAGCUGCGACGCAGUUGGAGCAGCUGAUUCAGAGGUCGGUGUUUGUGGUUCAUGUCUCUGAAUGACUGAAGUCCAGAAGAUGGAUGAUUGUGUGGAGAAAGAGGAGGAGAGACCAGAGUCUCCAGGAUCCACCAGUGUCUCUAUGAAGAGUGACUGGUCCAAUGAAAAACCUCCAGACUUCAGUGAAGAACCUGGACCUUCAGACACAAAAAGCAGGAACUUUCCGGCCAUCUGGUCCUUGAUGUCAUAUCCCCUAUCUUUUGGACGCUGGUUCUUCAGACGGAGCACAGACCAGUCGGCUUCAUCGGAAAAUCUGGGAUCCAGAACAAACUCUCCACAAGCAGAUGCUGGUCUGCAGCAGGUCCUAGAUGAACAUAAGACCAGUCUGAGGAGCAGAUGUGAACAUGUGACUGAAGGAACUGAUGAAACAGGAAGUAGAACCCCCCUCAACAAGAUCUACACGGAGCUCUUCAUCACAGAGGGACUGAGUGAAGAGGUUGAUACCCAACAUGAGGUGAGGCAGCUGGAGACAGCUUCCAGGAUGAAGAGCCACCAUGACACUCCAAUCAGGUGCCAGGACAUCUUUAAAGCCUUACCUGGCCAACGUGGAGCCAUCAGAGUGGUUCUGACCAACGGCGUCGCUGGCGCUGGGAAAACCUUCUCGGUUCAGAAGUUCUCUCUGGACUGGGCCGAGGGCUGGGAGAACCAAGACGUCACCGUGGUGAUUCUGCUCUCGUUCAGGGAGCUGCACCUGAUCGGAGAUGAGCAGCUCAGUCUUCUCAGGCUGAUCCAGGUUUUCCAUCCAUCGUUACAGAAGCUCACAGCAGAGCAGCUGGCUACCGGGAAACCGUUGUUCAUCUUUGACGGCCUGGAUGAAAGCAGACGUUCCCUGGACUUCAACAACGGUCCGGUCGUGUCUGACUUCACACAGAGCUCAUCGCUCAACGUGCUGCUGACCAACCUCAUCCAGGGGAACCUGCUUCCCUCAGCUCUCAUCUGGAUCACUUCCAGACCUGCAGCAGCCAAUCAGAUCCCUCACAAACACGUGGACAGGCUGACAGAAGUACGAGGCUUCACCGACGGCCAGAAGGAGGAAUACUUCAGGAGGAGGUUCAGGGAUGAAGAGCGGUCCAGCAGCAUCGUCUCUCACAUGAAGACAUCCAGAACCCUCCACAUCAUGUGUCAACUCCCGGUCUUCUGCUGGAUCACUGCUACAGUUCUGGACCACAUGUUGACCACAGAGCAGAGAGGAGAGCUGCCCAAGACCCUGACUGACAUGUUCUCCCACUUCCUGGUGGUCCAGACCAAGAGGAAGAAGAACAAGUACCAGGAGGGACAUGAGACGAGUCCACAGGAGCUGACGGAGGCUGACAGGGACCUUCUCCUGAAGCUGGGGAGGCUGGCGUUUGAACAUCUGGAGAAAGGAAACAUCAUGUUCUACCAAGAAGACCUGGAGCAGUGUGGUCUGGAUGUCCCAGAGGCCUCGGUGUACUCAGGAGUUUGUACCCAGAUCUUCAGGAGAGAGUGUGAGGUCUUCCAGAAACCCGUCUACUGCUUUGUUCAUCUGAGCAUCCAGGAGUUCCUGGCUGCAGUCUACGUGUUCCACUGUUGGUCCACCUGGAACACAGAUGUGCUGGAGAACUUCCUGGGAGGAGACUACACAUACUCAUCUCUGGAUGACUUCCUGAAGACAGUCAUGCAGAAAUCCCUGGAGAGUAAAAAUGGCCACCUGGACCUGUUUGUCCGCUUCCUUCAUGGUCUUUCUGUGGAGUCCAACCAGAGACUGUUAGGAGUUCUGCUGGACCAGACGGAGAACGAUCCAGAAACCAUCCAGAGAGUCAUCAACAACCUGAAGGAGAUGAACACUGACAGAAUCUCUCCUGGCAAUAUCUCUCCUGACAGAAGCAUCAACAUGUUCCAGUGUCUGAUGGAGAUGAACGACCUCUCAGUUCAUCAGCAGAUCCAAGAGUUCCUGAAGUCAGAGAACAGAUCAGAGCAGGAACUCUCUGAGAUCCAGUGUUCAGCUCUGGCCUACAUGCUGCAGAUGUCGGAGGAGGUUCUGGAUGAGUUGGACAUGGAGAAGUACAACACAACACCAGAGGGUCGACGGAGACUGAUUCCAGCUGUGAGGAACUGCAGAAAGGCUCGAUUUGUUGAUUGUUAUCUCUCAGAGACUCACUGUGAAGUUGUUGCGUCCGCUCUGAAGUCCAACCCCUCCCAUCUGACACAACUGGACCUGAGUCAGAACUGGUACCUGGGGGAUCCAGGAGUGAAGGUUCUGUCUGGUGGACUGGAGAGUCCAAACUGUAGACUGGAGACUCUGAGGUUGGUGUGGUGCAGGUUGUCAGAGAUCAGCUGUUCUUCUCUGGUCUCAGCUCUGAAGUCCAACCCCUCCCAUCUGAAACUUCUGGACCUGAGUAACAACGAGAACCUGCAGGAUUCAGGAGUGAAACAUCUGUGUGGAUUUCUGGAGAGUCCAGACUGCAGACUGGAGACUCUGAGGUUGAAGGACUGCGGUUUGUCAAAGAUCAGCUGUUCUUCUCUGGUCUCAGCUCUGAAGUCCAACCCCUCCCACCUGAAACUUCUGGACCUGAGUAUCAACGACCUGCAGGCUGCAGAUGUGAAGCAGCUUUCAGAUCUGGUGGAGAGUCCAGACUUCCAGCUGCAGACUCUCAGGUGGAGAUGAUUAGAGCGUCCAGGACGGAUGAGUCGUGUCCUGAUCGUCCUCAGAGUUGAAGCAGAACCAGUUUGUGUGGACAGACUCUGACUGGACCGUGAUGAUGAUGAUGAUGAAGAUGAAGAUGUACAUAGUUUCUGAAUUCCAGAGUUUCACAAACUUCUCAUAUAUUCAUUUAUUUCAUGUUAAGUCAAAAAGUCUUUAUUGUUAUUAUAUUAUUGUUAAAAAACAGUACAUCAAAAUGUAGCCUUUAAUUUGAACUUGAGUUUUGUUCAACAAGCAAGCACUUUGUCUAAAGUCUGGAUGAGUUCUAGUUUGGAGGUUUCUACUACUAAUGUAGUGAUGGAUAAAAGUCUACGCUGCCGCGGCGGAGCUGCUCAGCAAAGCAGCCGUCUCCUCCACCGAGUCACAUGACUCCCCCGGUGUUUUCUUUUUUAUUACAUGUUUCCGUUUCAUUCCAAGUUUUCCUUUUGUUGUUGUCGUGUUUUCAGCUCGUCAGGUUUUUAAAGUUUCUCUCCGCGUCACUGAUGAAGAGAGAGAGUGAAGAGAUCCGUGGAAAUAACGUUUGUUCAUGAAACACAAAACACAAAUGAACUUGACUUGGUCAAUGAAUGUUCCUCAGUUUGUUCCAGUAAAUAUUGUAAAUGUUUUCUGGAUAUUAAGAUGAUUGUUAACACUUCAAAUAAAAUCUAAAAUCUUCAGUAAAACUUGUAUCUUUUCUCUUGUUCAGUUUACUGUCGUUAAUAAGUGUUUGUCUGUGAUUAGUCUCAGUACCAGGAGCAGCACCGACCAUGACUAGGAACUUUUUAUUCUCUUGUUCACCAUCAGC